CCCCCCCAGCUGUGGUUCUCCAACCACAGAGGAGGUAAUUUGGGAGCAGAUGCUGCAUCUGGGGAUGAAAUCAUCCACCUCCUCCUUCCAUUCCCCCCCUCCCCGGUAGCCGGGCUCCCCCCCCCCCGCCGCGCUGCGGGGCUACCGGGGAGGAGGGACGCUGACAUCACCGCCGGAGAGCGGCUCGGCGGGGCCGGGGCUCCGCUCCGCUCCGCUCCCGUUCUCCGCUCCCGCCGCGGGAGCCGCCGCGCACGAGAGAGGGAGGUCCCAGCACCAUGCAGAUGAGGCCAGGCUGAGAAGAGGAUGGCACAUUUGGACCCCAAUUAGCUUCUCUUGUUCCCCUCUGUUUGCCCUGGUGAUGAAAAGGCUCCUUACCCACACCUGAACCAACACUGCUGAGCCCUGGGCACUGAAUUGGCUCUGCAGCCGUUCCAGGGCUGGAGGUGUCAGGAGCCGCUCUUCAACACUGAGGUUUUCCAACACUGGCAUUCCUAUUCUGCGUGUGCAGGGAAGGGAACACUCCCAUCUGCACCGUGUUGCCCCAGCACUGCCAUACCUGCUCUGUGUGAGCACCCCAGGCCUUAAUGCCUGGUUGGAUACAGGCAGUGUGACUCACACCACACAGCAUCACCAUGGCCUCCUCGGAUGGGCUGCAGUACCGGGCACUCUACGAGUACCAGAAGGACCGGGAGGAGGACCUGGCGCUGAGCCCCGGGGACGUGCUGACAGUCAGCAGGGCCGGGCUGCUCAGCAGCCCAAGCUACAAGGACGGGGACGAGCGCAGCCCCCAGGGUUGGCUCCACGGCCUCAAUGAGCGCACCAAAGAGCGCGGAGACUUCCCCGGCACCUACGUGGAGUACCUGGGUCCCACGCGCAUCGUCACCUCCAACACCAAGGCCAGGCCACGGCCCUUGCCCCCGCCACCCGCUGGGACCUCUGCACCCUGGGGGCUCCCUGGGCAGGCAGAGCUCACUGAGUACCCCACUCUUCCGGAGCAGGCGCUGCCAACCGUGGCCAGGCUCAUCGAGGCACUGGAAAAACAAGGUCUCGACAGCGAGGUGCUCUACAGACCCGGGCCCAGCUCACUGGGGGAUGCUGAGCUGAAGCAAGCUCUUCUGACGGAUGCCUCAGCUGUGGACAUGGACCUGUAUGAGGCCCAGACACUGGCAGAGGCCCUAAAGUGGUACCUCCAGGAGCUUCCAUCACCCCUGAUCCCUCCGGCUCUCUACAGCGACUUGAUUCUCGUGGCUCAAGAGACCCCGGGCCUGGAGGAGUGUGGCCAGCGAGCCAGAGCCCUGCUGGCCCCCCCGGCGCUGCCGCAGCCCCAGGCACUGCUCCUGCGCCAGCUCCUCUGCCACUUCUGCCACCUCUGCCAGGGCACGCAGCGGAGCCGCCCCUCGCCCCGGCUCCUCGGGGAGCAGUUUGGGGAGCUGCUCCUUCGCCCCGCGGCAGGCAGCACUGAGGUGGGCCCUGAGCUCCGUGCAAGGAUCCUUGAGUCCCUCAUCAUGGCCAGCGAGGCAGUGGAGGUAACAGCAGCCCCUGCUCUUCCUCCAAAGCCCCCCAAACCAAUGACUCCAGUCAAUACAAAUGGAAUAAAGGACAAUUCCAGUUUCUCUCUGCAGGAAGCAGAGUGGUACUGGGGGGACAUCUCAAGGGAAGAAGUAAAUGACAAAUUACGAGACAUGCCAGAUGGGACAUUCCUGGUGCGUGAUGCAUCAACCAAGAUGCAGGGAGACUACACCCUGACAUUGCGGAAGGGUGGCAACAACAAACUGAUAAAGAUCUACCAUCGGGAUGGGAAAUACGGCUUUUCUGAUCCACUGACGUUUAAUUCAGUCGUGGAACUGAUCAACCAUUACCGCAAUGAGUCUCUUGCUCAGUAUAACCCGAAGCUUGAUGUGAAGUUGAUGUAUCCGGUGUCCCGGUACCAGCAGGAUCAGUUGGUGAAAGAAGAUAAUAUAGAUGCAGUAGGUAAAAAGCUUCAAGAAUACCAUGCUCAAUAUCAGGAGAAGAGUAAAGAGUAUGACAAAUUGUAUGAAGAAUAUACUAGAACAUCACAGGAAAUUCAGAUGAAGAGGACCGCAAUUGAAGCAUUUAAUGAAACUAUUAAGAUAUUUGAGGAACAGUGCCACUCACAAGAGCGAUACAGCAAAGAAUACAUUGAGCGGUUUCGCAGGGAGGGAAACGACAAAGAAAUCGAACGGAUCAUGAUGAACUAUGAAAAAUUAAAAUCACGCCUGGGUGAGAUCCAUGAUAGCAAAAUGCGCCUGGAGCAAGAUUUGAAGAAACAAGCUCUGGACAACAGGGAGACUGAUAAGAAAAUGAAUAGUAUCAAGCCUGACUUAAUUCAGCUCCGCAAAAUCAGAGAUCAGUAUCUUGUAUGGCUCAAUCACAAAGGGGUGAGACAGAAGCGAAUAAACGACUGGCUGGGGAUCAAAAAUGAAAAUAUUGAUGACACAUACUUUGUGAAUGAAGAAGAUGAAAACCUGCCACAUCAUGAUGAGAAAACUUGGUUUGUGGGAGAUCUCAACCGUAUCCAAGCAGAAGACUUGCUCUGUGGGAAACCUGAUGGAGCAUUUCUAAUUCGUGAGAGUAGCAAGAAAGGGUGUUACGCUUGUUCUGUGGUAGCUGAUGGAGAAGUGAAACACUGUGUGAUCUACAGCACUCCAAGAGGUUAUGGGUUUGCAGAACCGUAUAACCUGUACAGCACACUUAAGGAUUUGGUUCUUCAUUACCAGCAGACAUCCCUUGUCCAACACAAUGAUUCCCUAAAUGUUAGGCUUGCCUAUCCUGUCUACACACAGAUGCCCCCCUCUCUCUGCAGGUAAAUUUUGGGGAGGAGGAAAGUGUUGGCUAUCUUGGAUUCUUUUCUACAAUUUUUAUUAGAACUUGGAGGGCAUUCUUUCUCCUUAGACUGCUUGUUUUGCACAAGAAGUGAUUCUGUGAAUGUGAAUCAAAAAGAGGCCUAGCAGCAACAAGAUGACAACUUGGGUGUAGGUGUCCUGGUGCUACCUUAAAAGCUCAGCUGUGCUUUUACACUGAUACUUUUGUUUCCUUAUGAGGGGAAUAAACUCAACACAAUGCAUACAAAAAUACUGGAAGCAAAACAUCGUUUUGUGGAGAUAAUCUUUUGCCAGGCACCUUCAGUGGAACCUUCAGUGGAACUUCUGAUCGGAUUUUGUUUUCUCUUGUUCUCGUAGAGACAAUUUGAAGCCUCUGUUUGAGGCAUUAGUAAUGUCUUUCAGUCUUAAACUCCCAAAAACUAGGGGGAAACUUUACCACAGCAAUUCUUCUCUGUUAAUUUUAGCAGCUUCAGUGCGAUUCAGCCGAACUUCCAAAAGAGGGCUUGUCUUGAGGUAGCAUGGAAUUUGGUGAGAGAAGACCAAAGGAAUUAUGGGAAAGCUUCAGGCUUUUAAUUUAAGCAGAAAAAUGCUUGUAAAGAAAAGUUGCUUUAUUUUUUUGCCAACAGUAACAAAGUUUUGGUUUCAAUGGCACUACAGGUCUUCACUUAAAGGAAACGUUUAUAACCAAACUGAACACACCAAAACUUUGUUCGUUGCUAGAUCGAGCACUUACAGGGAAGGUUGCAUUAGCAUCUGCACAUACUCUCUACACCAAAACUUGAAACAAAUAAAAGGAAAAGCUAAACAUUGUGUGGCUUCAAAACACUAGAUUUAUCUGAUCUGAUGUAAUUGCCUACUCUCCUCUUUCUUCACCCCCUUUUCCUCCCAUUUCUUAGCUUGGGAUUCUGUUUUCAGUUUUUAAUGAUACUGUGCUUCAGAAUGUAAAUCAGAAUGAAGCUUGCACUCACCUGUUGCAGUUCUCUUGCUGAACAAUGACAGACUCUCGUAACACUUGAUUUUCGUAUAAAGAGGUAGGUGCAAUGGAAUGCUUCUGGAUGGCUUAUUGCUCCAAAUUCUUUCAUGAGGUGUAGUCACUUCCAGUUGCACAGAAGUGAGCAUGCUAAUUAUAGAUCUCUUCUAAUUUAUUGUUUGAAAGCUAGGUUCUGAACUCUCCCACCACUGCAGCCAAGCAAGAUUUUACACUGGUAUCAUCUAAAUUCCCUUGUAGUUAUUGGACAUGAUGCAAAACACAGGAAGAGAGCUGUAUUCCUCAGUUACUGGAUGCUUGGUACCAUCCUUUGACAAGAGCAGCUGUCAGAUACUGGAGGGAGUAGUCCUGGGCUUCAUCAAGUACCAUAACCCAUCCAAUAAAUCCCCUCACUUGAAAGUAUACAAAGCAUCUUAUUUCCAUUCCUUAAAGCUUCUAAAAUGAAAAAGAGCUAAGUUUGGCAAACUAAACCACUUGGCAUCAAAGCACAACUGGCAAAGUAAUUGUUCAGUGUGCAACCUUGAAUGUUACUUUUGUUCCUAUUGCUGGAAGCAGUUCCUUUGCAAUGCACCCAUUGUGCAGGACAGGAAGCAGACAGUCAUGCAGGUCUGAGAAUGCUGUAGGCCUAUUUCUGACCCUGGGACUGAUUUCCUGUCCAAAUGUGGUGGGUUUUCUUUUCUCUAAUGCCUGGGCAGCAAUGCUAGGCUUGUUGAUGCUUAAUGUUUACACUAGAAGUAUUAUUUCUCUGAAUGCCGUGACUUUACAAGCAGGGAAGUGACAAGGCUGGAGCACUGGCAGCCACUGCAGGAAGGGUAGUCUGGUUGCCUGGUAUGCCUGUGAGAUGGUUUUUUUUGCACUAAUAACCCUGACUUAUCCCAGGCACUUUCUAAUCAGCCAGAUUUGCAAUCUUCAGGCAAAGAGUUCUAUAGAUGCCACUUUACAUGAAACAGUACAAAACUUAACCAAAACUUUCUGCAAGAAGAAGAAAAUUCAUUCAAGCAGUUUCAUCAAAGUGACCCAUGUCUGUUUGUGUGCCCUUCUCUACCACUUCCCCAAGAAAAGGAAAACUGAGACACAGCCUUUGCUCUUAGUGAAAAUCUUGAAUGGAUUCCUCAGUGGUAUAUGGACAUGGAAAUUUUUCUUUUUAAAGAAACUUGCCCUACCUCUUGGAUAAUUUGCAGUUCUAAUCUGGUAGCUGUAAAGCUGUCAUUCUCACACCUCUUAUGCAUCUCAUGUUCCCUUGGUGCUGGGCUGAGUCCAAAUGCUUGAUGAGGAAAAGCAGUUCAAAGGCACAAAUGAUAGCCAGGUGCCUCAUGCCUCUGGAAAAACCUGUGCAAGAGGAGUGUCUGUUUUCUCUGCCCUUGUGAUCUGUCUGGGCUCUCCCCUUAUUUGCAGUGUGAACAUUUGAGGCUGAUGGGGCACUUCUUUCUGAUCCCUGCUUUUGUGACAGAGACAACCUGGCUGAAGUUUCACAUCUGCCUCAUUUUUAGGUAGGGUUUGGUUUUGUUUUAAACAAACACGGGUCUGCUUUCAGGCUCAUAAAUCCUGGCACACCCUCGCAGCACUGACAGCAGCAGGAUAGCAGAGCGGGGCUGUUUGAAGUUCCCCCAUUGUGGAAUCUAACUGAUCCUGUGAGGUCUUGGGCCAGGCUCCGGUCCCGUCUCUGCCAAGGUAAAUACAGUGUAAUUCCAUUGGCAUCCAUGGAGGUAGCUUCGUUUUAUAGUGGUGUGAGUGAGUUGGGAUUCUUGGCCCCCCACUCUCCGAGAUCUCUCUGCUGAUCACAGGUGAUGUAUUUGCUGUGAAUGAUGCACUCAGAGCCAAUAAGCCAUCUUGAAGCAUUCUUUGAGAUUCUGCUUUGCCCAAGCCUUCAGAUCAGGGCUAUGGGCAGACUAAGCCCACGUUCCUCCUAUUUGGCUCUAUUACCCUCAGCAGUUUCUCUGAGGCUGUGUUUUGCCGCUCCAUCUCUCUGUAUUUGGUUUUAGGCAUCUGAAGUCCCAGCUGCUCCAAUUGCUCCCCUUUGACUCAUGCUAUUGCACAGAUUUUGUCUGCAGCCUUUUUGCACUUGCAGAGCAAGUGGAAAUGGGUGUAAAACCAACUGAUGUGUAGCUGGUGUGAUCCGUGGGGUAGGGGCUUGGUCCUGUUGCGCUCACUGUGUUCAGCCUGCUUCUGUUUGUUCAGUAGUGUUAGAGCUGGGAGAAACCCCAUGGCUUCCAGGAGCUGCUCUACACUUGCAUGACUGAGAAAUCAGAAAUAGGCUUGUGAGCUGCAGGAUUAGACCCUACUAGGAGAAGCAGCUGCUAAACCUAAAACAAAUACAGGAAAUGUGGAUAUAAAGGCAACACACAAGAACUCAAGCUCUUUUAAAACAGUAAGAUGUGAGAAGGUUUCCAUUUUAAGAGUCAAAACAUCAGGAGGAAAGGGGAAAUAGUCUCACUGUUGUAGCAGCUGUCUGUUACCAGACUGCAGUUAGAGGAGUACUGAUCUCAUUGACCCAUGUUGUAUUAAAUAUAUAUGUAGAAUUAAGUAAUUUUUUGCACAGUGUUAAAUGGGGGUGGGGAGUGUUGAAACUCGAAUAUGCACAGUUUCUUCUAAUCUGUUUUGAAGUAUAUUUGCAGGGAUCAGGGGUGAUUCAGUAUUUUGUAUCUGUAUGGAUGGAAAUCAGGUCUACUUCCACAGUUGCCAUUGGCCCCAUUGCAUCAGCCACCAGUGCCAUGUUUCUGAAGUCAGUAAGUUACAAAUCUUUUCCCACUAGUUUCCUUCUUGAUUACAAGUAAUCUUAACAUGGGAAGAACCAACCUAGAAACAGAGGGAUAUCCCAGCAGGCACUUCACUGCUAUGUGAAGCAAUAACAUAUGGUUGUCCACCUCCCGAUAAUGGAGUGCUCUAGAUCUGGGGGUGUUUUGGGGUUUCUUUAGUUGUCAGCAGCAGCAGAUUGGGUCUCUGCUUUGCACCACUGGUAGUUGCAAUCUAGAGUUAUAUCCAGCACACCCCUCUGUCUUAUGCCAAAAAUAAAUGCUCUUUUCACACCCAUCUCUCUUGAUGUGGCAGAUGGUCAAGAAGUUUUCCAUUUAAUGUGAUGGGCCUGAUUAUUUUCUCACUGACACUAGUGUAAGCAAGACUUCCACAACCAAAAGCCAUUCCCAGGAAAACAGCUUGUAUUUAAUCAUACCUGAAUUCUAGUCACAGCAGGGCAAAAAUCAGUUUGUCCUUCACAGAGCCAGGCAACUGUAAUAGGGACUGUGGAAAUUGAUGUUGACACUUAAUGCUGUUUUGGGGAGGACAGGGGAAGGAGGAGGGUCUUGGUUGUCCCAGAUCCUGGCCUCUCUGCAGGCUUAGGUGGCACUAUGUCUGUAAUUGAAGGCUGCAGCUGUUUAGAACAGUGGAAUUGCUAUAGGAGUGUCACACCUUGUAAGUUUGGAAAAGCCCCUUCUUUGGUACUUGAACAAUCUUGCUUCUGUUUUUGAAUGUCUGUUUAUUUUUUACUUCUGUUACACUAACAGGGAAUAAAAAUCUGAAAUGUUAGUGAGUCUUGUAUGCUUGCUGCAUUGUGCAGACAUGAAACAGGUACUGCUGGUGAAUCAGGAGGGGUAAGAGACAGGUUCAAAAUGCAGUUUUACAAAGCACUAUGACAGGUUGGGGGUUGUUUUGUUUAGACCGUAUUUAAAAUCAGGUUUUCUUAAGUGUAGUUUCCUUAAUGUUGAUUUGCAACCUCUGCUUUUGGAACAGCAAAAUCAAAAUAACAUUCCUGAAGAACAAAGAUGCUGUGAGAGGAGGGGGAUUAGGCUUGCUCAAAUUCAGCUUUAAUGAAGAGGAAGGGUCAGCAUCCUAAAGCAUCCCUCUGGUUGUAGUUUGAAGCAGUAUACAGACCAUGAAGUAGGACCUCUUUCUUGAACCACAAAAGAGGAGAUGCCAAAGCAGACCCUUCCCUUUGAAAUAAUCAGUGGUACGCUCCUUAAAUGUGCGUGCAAGGAGAUGGUUAGGAAAUUCGUAGAAGUCCUUAAGAGUUACUCCUCUUUCUGUAUCAAAAGGGAACUUGCAUUGCUGAUCCCCUCAUUUCCCUUGGCAAAAUGUGUGCAGCCAGGAGAAGGGAACUGAGUUACUAGCCUAGAUAAACAUGGGCCUGUUCAUGAAGCAGCUUGGCUAGUUAAGUACUGCGUGAGGAGUAGCUUUGGAUGGGGUUAGAUGAAGUUUGUCCAACAUUUUUGUGAAUCUUGCAUUCUGUGGGCAGAAAUAUUUUCCACCAAAUGGCAAGGGGGAAAAAAACCAAAUCUCUCUUGAAUUCUUUUCAAUUCCUUCCUGUUUGUUCACAGGGGCAGAUAGGGAGCUUUAGCUUGUUAACUGUUCAGAUCAUGACAGUGCUUGAAGUGCUGGUCUUUGGGGCUAGCUCCAUACAAUUAGUGCAGAAUUAGCAUUUUUUUAAAUUGCUAUUGGCAUAGACAAUGUAUUUUAAGACGAGACUCAGCAUUUGUUCUAAAAUUUGCCUUUAAAAAGUAUCAUGUGAGCUUCAGAGGCAAAAAAAAAAACCAUGUGAGAACGGGCCCUUUUUGACUGAAAAAAACCACCUCUUUGAUCAACCUGUAUUAGAGAAAGCAGCUUUAAUUUGAUGUCCCCCUCCGCCACCUUCCCUUGGGAUUGCUCCUGCGAGAUCAGCGUUGGCCAACGCUGUACUCAGCAGUGCUGUAUCCAUGGCUUUCCAAGUGGUUUUAGCCAAGAGGCUUAGGAUUGUUUGGAACGAUGAUUGCAUCCGAAGACCAAAAAAGGCUCCAAGGGUGAAUGCCACCACCCCCCACCCGGCAUCAGUCUCAUUGCUUGGGGGGGGGGGGGGUUGUAGGAUGCUGGGGCCAGCCACAAGCUGCCUCUGAGUCUGCGUUGGCUAAUGGUGGGGGUUCAUGUUUGGUCGGCUGCUGGGGGUUUUGGUCUGUUUUGUUUUUGUGAGUGACUUCUACAUCCAGCAAAGAUAUGUUUGAUGAAACCUGUUGAUUUUGUAUAUCUGGCUGUUUAUUGCACCACGGGAUUGUAAUGGUCUGCAUCAUCUGUGUGUGUGUGCGUGUGCGCGUGUGUAUAUGUACUGUAUGUAUAUAGAUAUAUGUAAAAUAUAUUCACGUACACAUUUAUAUGCAUUAGCUGUAAGUGGCACUGCCCCUUAAAAAUAAAACAAAAUUCCCUGUUAGCACAUUCUGCCAUGUGUUGAGGCAGAAUUGGGUUUGUUUUUGUCAAAUGAAAAGGAGUUUAUUGUGUUCAUCUUGCGUAUGUGCUUCUGAAAUGCUGAACUCUGGAUUUCCUUGGGUGGGGGUGUCCUACUUUGUUUGUAAACCCAAUUGAAUUGGGGUGUUACUUGCUGGGACAAAGCAUUCAGCUUUGGUCCAAGCAAAGGUUUAGCAAAAGAAACCCUUUUGCUCUCCUGCAUAGCACAGGGAGCGUUUGCACGUUUCAGUAGCCCCCCAGAUCCCCCUGUCCAGAGCUGAUGUGCAAUGGGUGGUGUUGGUACGUGUCCCUUUGUGAGUGGACUCUUUGUAUAAGGUGUGGUUCAGUGUAAAGCAUGAGUGGGUGUUUGAUCUUGUAUCGAGGGCUGAAAUAACAGCACACUCCUUUGUAUAACCUUUGCAUUAAUGUUUCUGCUUUUCUUUGACUUCUAUUUUCUUUAAGGGAAACUGCAUCUGUUAAGAACCUGCUUCUCCAGAAGCUAUCAAAUUGUUUUGUUUUCCAGAUGAAUUCCAGCAUGUAACUUUGGUACUCUUGUUUGUUAUUUGUGUAAAACCUGUUCUUCUGUCGUUUAUGGUGUAGUCAGAAAAAAAAAAAGGAAAAAAAAAAUUAAAAAAAGGAAUUCAUGUAGUUUAACUUUUAAAGAAAAGAAUCAAACUGCUUCAUAAGGAAACCAAUUGUAUGUUAGUGUUUUCAGACAAGUCAUCCUGUAGUUCCUAGCUCAGUAAUGCAACACUGUACUUGUCACCAGGUGUGUUCCAAUUUUGCUGUACUUUCUUUUACUAGAUGGUUGGGCUUUUAAAUCCCAGACACUACGCAUCCUGGGCCUACUUGCUCUAGAUCAAAAAAAUGCAAUAAAAAGUUGCAAUAAAGCACAUUGACAUGUAAUGUUUUCGAAGGAUGUACUGACGGCUGUUUCUAAUAAAUCCAGAACUGCAGCGUG